AUGGCUGAUUCCUGUGUUCAAGCUGAUGCUAGUCAUCAGGAACUGACUGAUGAUCAAAUUCAACAGCUACUUCUUGAAGCAGAGGCUAGACUGCGAGGCUCUGCAGUGACCCCAGUUGAUGAUCUUGCAUCUAUCAGGAUUCCCAAACUUGCAACUGGUUCCUCACUAGAGGCUUACGUUCGCCAAGGAGAUGAUGUGGUCACUGUUGAUGCCUCAAAGAUCAUCGACCCCAAGCAGAGGGAGUUGGCCAACUCCAUUCAUGCUGCUGGGAAGAAGGAAAAUAAAGAAAAGCCUACUGCCGGACCUCAGUGGUUCAACCUUCCCAAGACAGAGAUGACACCGGAGCUCAAGAGAGAUCUGCAAUUAAUCCGGAUGCGUUCUGUGCUUGACCCCCACCGACACUACAAGAAGGAUAAUGGAAAGGUCGCACCACCAGAGUACUCUCAGGUCGGAACAAUUAUACAGGGUCCCACCGAAUUCUUCAGCAACCGUAUCAUCAAGAAAGAUCGCAAGAAGAACUUCGUUGAGGAGACACUGGCACUGGAGCGUAGUACCAAGCGCUUCCAGAACAAGUACCGGGACAUUCAAGCUGCCAAAACCAGCGGAAAGAAGUCUUAUUACAAGGAGCUGCAGGCCAAGAGAAGCCGCAAAAACAAGUGA